AGAGAAUUAGACGUCACCAUUCAAUGUCUCUCCGAAAAAAGGCGUGUGCCGCCUGCGUCGCCUCAAAGCGACGUUGUGAUCAGUCGCAGCCAGCAUGCAAUCGCUGCGCCAAGCAGCGUCUAACUUGUCAAUACCCAUUCUCGUCUGCGGGAGUUAAACUUGGGCCCCAAAUAGGUAUCUCAGAUCGUUCAGUCUUGUCCUGUAACAAAACGCUUGUCUCCGAUUUCACCUUCGACAGCUUUGAAUGGGAUAGCUCCUGGGACAAACAAAGUCCUGAAUUGGACUUUACGACAGUGCCGCAUACAACAGGACUCCCCAUUUCGCAUUUGGGCACAGAGGACUUGAAAUACCUGGAGGAAACGUCGCAAAGCAGCACCCUGGCCAACCACUUCCAUCCUGUCUUCAAAGAGAAUGCUAGAACCGGGCAUACUUUCAUUCUUCAGGACAAUCAGCCAAGAGUAUGGGAUCACCGCAGCACAUCUGAAGCAGUCAACUUACGCCUAUCCUCAUGUCAACGUACCUGUAUGCAACAAAAUCAGUCGGUGCUGGCUGACUUCUGCUUUGUGCCUAUGUUGCAUGACGCAAACAGAUGGACAUUCUGCGCCAACAAAAUGAUUUCCUACAUUGGCACAUUUGCCAAGACUGCAUCCACCGACUUCAUCAUGCCGUACAAACUACAAGCCCCUCUAACGGCUGCACUAGGAGUAUGCGCCGCUCACAAUACUUUAACUGGGUCAAGUCGCGUGGUUCUUGAUAAGCUUAUUGAAGCUGAGAUAGACAAUCUGAUUUGGCAUGUGCCACAAGGGAUAACACUAUGGGUAACUGAGCUAUCAACAUCCGAUAAUGUCAAGAAUUGUUCUACUCCGACGAAUGAUUUACAGCUCUUCAGGGAACAACUUGCUCGGGUGCAAGCUAUGACGUUGUACCAUAUCAUGAGAUCUUUUGGCAGUGAUGCCACACAGAGGCGUCAAGCCGUACAACAUGAGCCAUUGCUAGCAGCUUGGACAACAUCGUUGCAAGAGCAGUUACAUAAAUUGUACUGUACAAUGGAUGAGAAUAUACCGAACCGCUCAGUUUCGAGCUUGUCAGCACUAUUAAGACCAGAGCAGAGCGCUUGGGUAUGUACAAAUGAGCCAUGUAUCCAGCUUGAUAAUUGCAGCUUUGACUCUGGUCCACUCAGAGAAGCUGAGCUUGAAAGUGCGCAUCGUACUAUUCUCAUGUCAUACUUCGUACGAGCUACCUAUGCGGUAGUUACAUAUGGGAUUUGCCCUCUAAUAUCAGAACUCGAGUCUUUAACGGUAUCUGUUCCUGCAAGUGUGAGAGGACAGAGACAUGAUUUUGGAACCGGAAAGAGCUACCCUUCCCACUACUUCACACCCUUGGACUCCCAAGCAGGUUAUGAUUCGAGGCUCUCAUACAAAGAGCUCCUUGGUCUAUGGGAACAGGGUUACAUGUCCACCUCGGACUUAGAAGAUGAGUAUACCCAGCUUCUGCUGGUUGCAUGUAAAGGAAUCGGCGUCCUGCGUCAUGACACUGAUGCAUUUUUAUUAUAAUUAUAUGCUGGUGAAGUUCACAGGCUGGAGGUCUUUUGUAAAUGCAGCCUGUCUCUGCUGCGGGUCAUUAUAAUCUAACGAAUUCCUGCCGUCGUUUAGGAACCUGUUUUUCUCCUGAAAGCCUCUCUUUCAGGGCUGUGUUAUAGAAUAUAUUGUAAAUCGG